AUGGCGCUGUGGCGGAUCCAGACGGUGCUGGGGACGACGCUCGCGCUGGCGGCGGGGUCGUUCAACGCGGGAAGCGUGGCGACGAUGGCGGAGGCGGGGUCGCAGUUCGGCGCGCAGCUCGCGUGGGCCUUCGCCUUCGCGCACGGCCUCGCGCUUCUGCUCAACCUCCUCGCCAUGCGCGUCGCCUUCGCCACGCGCCAGUCGCUGCCGCUUGUGAUAGUGCGCGAGUAUCCGCGCGCGUUCUGCCGGGUGGCGUGGGUCAUCUGCGAGGCGUCCGUGCUCUGGUUCGACCUCGUCACGGUACGUUCGGCACUCUCUGAUCCCAUCCGCAUCCGCAUCCCCAUCCCCAUCCCCAUCCCCAUCCCCAUCCCCAUCCCCAUCCCCAUCCCCAUCCCCAUCCCCAUCCCCAUCCCCACCCCCACCCUCACCCCCUUCUCCAUCCCCAUCCCUAUCGCCAUCUCCCACUCACCGCCUCGCCUCCUUUUCGCCUGCCACACACACCACCCAACCUGUGUGUGCCUGUGCGCGUUGCGCCACUGCCUCUCCAUGCUGUUCCUCCCAUUAGUCUCGCUUCCGCUUCUCCACUUCCUCUCACACCCUAACACUCCCUCUCGCUCUCCCUUGCACUCCCCUCCUCUCUUCCUCCCCUCCCACUUCCCCCUCCAGGCGCACCAGGCGGUGUCAGCAUGUGUGGCAUGCGCCCUCCUCGCGCUGCUCUGCGCAGCCCUGCAGGCCCUCCUCGCGGGUCCCGCCUUCCUGCUCUCUUCACUCUCAGCCGCGCUGCUGCCAGCACUGCCGCCUGCCUCGCUGCACCUCGUGCUCGCUGCCAUCGGCGCGCUCGUCCUGCCCCACCGCUUCCUCCUGCUCUCCGCGCUCGUGCUGCAGGACGAUCCAAACGCGCACGACCUCACAGAACCGUUACCUGACACGCCAUCCUCCCCCCCUGACGCCUCCGCCUCCGCCUUCCACCCCUCCCGCGACUACCCCCUUGCCCCCGCCUCCCCUUCCUCCGCCGCUGGUCCCCCCACCCGCCGUCCCCCCAGCAGCAACAGUACCGGCGCAGGGGGGGACGGGGCAGGGGCAGGCGGACAGGACGAUGGGGAAGGGUUCGAAGGGGUGGAAGAGGGCGGGGAGGGGCGGGUGGUGCGGCUGUGGGGCGUGUACCGGCUGGUGGAGCAGGUGGUGAACAGCAACGUGGCGCCCACCUUCGCCUCCCUCGCUCUGCUCGCCUCCUUCCACCUCUCCACCCCCACCAACGCCUACGCCGGCCAGCUCUCCGCCUCCACCUUCGCCCACGUGCACCUGCGCCCAUGGCAAAGAUUCCUCCUCACCCGCGCCCUCACCCUCCCGCUCCUGCUCCUCCUCUCCCUCACCCUCGGCGACGCUGCCACUCUCUCCCUCCUCUCGCACUCGCAGCUCCUCCUGGCGCUUCUCCUCCCGCUCGCAGCCGUCCCCCUGGUGCGCCUGGCGGCGUCCUCCGCGCUCAUGGGGCGCCACCGCGUUGGGCCCGCGCUAGAGCUCGUCAGCUGGGCGGCGUGCCUCUCUGCGUGCGCCCUCUCUGUGUGGUUCCUGGGGGACGCGCUGCUGCGCUUCGCCACUGCAGAGGCAGUCGCAGGGGGCGCAGACGGGGAUGAUAUCGGGGGAAUGGGGCUGUGGGAGUGGGUGCUGGCGGGGGAGUAUCUGUCCGCGAGGGGAGGGGAGGAAGAUGACGGGGAGGGGUUGGCUGUGGGGCUAUCGCCGUCCGCCGUGUGGCGCAACGUUCGGCAGCUAGUGGCGGUGUUUGGCAGCACGGCGCUGGUGGGCGGCAUGCUGGGCGGGCUGCUUUGGCUCAUGCUGCUGCCUCUGCGGUCGGAGGAUGAACAGCAGCGCCGCCUGCUGCUCUCCCACUCCGCCUCGACCUCCCUCUCCGCACCCUCCCCCUCCUCCACCUCCGCCCCCACCUCUCUCCGCCGCCCUCGCCCCCUGCCACUGGCGACAGCGCAGGACAGGCGCGGGGGGGAGGCGCGGUGGGGUUCGGAGAGAGAGGGGAGGGCGAGCGCAGGGGGGACAUGGGAGUUACCCCGCCCGUCCGCGUCCCCCGUGUCUGGGCCGCUGCCUGUGCUGCUGCCUGGCGCGGAGAGGGCGGGGGAGAAGGGGGAGGGCGCGGAGGGGGGGUCGUGGAACAGUGCCCUGAGGAGGCGCGUGGGGGGGCAGCCGCAGUGGCAGCACGGGGGGGAUAGGCGGGAGAUGGGGGAGGGCGUGAGGGGUGUGGUAUCAGAGGGGGUGGGUGGGUAUGGUAGCGGCAGUGGCGGUGGUGGCAGUGGUGCGGGUGUGGGUGGGGAGCGUGGAGAGAUCAUGCGAGUGCAGCGAGCAGCGUCGGUGUCGGGGUGUGUGGCAGAGAGGGGGGUGGGUGUGGGUAGCAGGGAGGGGGAGAGGGGCAGGCAGGGGCCUGAGAGAGCCAGCAUGCUUUCAAUGGCAAGUGGCGCGCAGUGGCAGGCGAGUGAGGGAGGGGCGCAGGCAGAAGCAGGCUCGCCAGCUGGGGAGGAGCGUUCUGUCUCUGUGCGUGCUGUGGCAGCCGCAGCAGCAGGUGCAGCAGCAGCAGGUGCAGCAGCAAGAGGUGGGAAGGCAGGGGAGGAGAGGAGGGGCGGGGUUGAUGAGGGUGUGGGAGGGGGAGAGGCUGUGCUGGUGUCUGGGGUGGCGGGUGAGGGGCGUGUGGGCGACCGUGAGCCGCCGCCUACCUUUGCACCGGUGCUACCCCCACAAGUUUCACCCCUGCCGGUUUCGUCUGCACCAGUUUCGGUUGCUGACACGGUUUCAUCUGUUGAUAAGGCUUCAUCUGCUGAACCAGUUUCAUCUGCUGAGAAUGUUUCAUCUGUUGACAAGGUUUCAUCUUCUGAGAAGGUUGAGGAGAGAGAGGAGUUAGCGGAGGAGGAGAGGGACGAGGAUGGGACGAAUGGUGGCGUGGGGAGUGCAGGCGAGGAGACGGAGAAGGGGGAGGAGGAGAAGGGGGAGGAGGAGAAGAAAGCAGAGGAGAGGGUUCCUUUUGAUCGCGCAGUCACUCUGGCGGAUGGCGUGGGCAGGGCGGCAGAUGGCACAGGCGAGGGUGCUGAGCGGGGUGAUAGUGGGGGAUGGACAGUGGAGAUUGGGGGGAAGGUUGGGGGGGAGACUGAGGGGGAGACAGCGGGGCAUGUGGGGACAGGCGAGCAUGGGGAUAUGGGCAAAGAGCAGACUGGUAAGGAGGAGAGCGAGGAGGGGAGGGGCGAGGGCGUGGUGGGUGCGGGUAAGGUGAGUGAGGGGAUGCGCGCGGUGGAGAGGGGAGACGUGGCUCGAGGCCGUGAGGUGCGGGGAGGGGCAGCAGGGGAAGGAGGGGAAAAGGGAGAGGGAGAGGAGAGGGGGGAGGGAGGCGGGGAGAGAGAGGAGAGUGGGGAAGGCGGAGAAGCAGAUGUGGAAGCGAGAGAAAAGGGCGCUGAGAGGGGCACUGAGAAGACGAAUGGGGAGGGGAAGAACAAGAGUGUGCAUGAAUUGGAGGUGAUUGGGGAGGCGAUGGAGGAGGGCGAUGGGGGCAUGGUGGAGAGGGGGGAGACGGGAGAGGAGGGGGAUACGGUGGAGAAGGACGAGGGUAUAGAGGAGGCGAGAGGUGACGAGGGUAUAGAGGAAGCGAGAGGUGACGAGGGUAUAGAGGAAGCGAGAGGUGACGAGGGUAUAGAGGAAGCGAGAGGUGACGAGGGAAGGGAAACGGAGAGGAAGGAGGAAGCGGAGGUGGAAGUGGGUGGGAAGCAGCGAGGGGGAGACAAAGAAGUGGAGGGAGGUGGGGAGGGGGAGGCGGAGACACAGGAGGCCAUGGACGUUGGGGACGCAGGGGGAGCGGGGGGCGCAGAAGAGCAGGCUGGCGCGGGCAGGCUAGCGGGGGGAGGGGAAGAAAAGGGUGGGGAGGUUGGGGAGGGUGGGGAGGGAGGGAAAAGUGGAGAGGAUGGGUCGGUGGAGGGGCGAGGAGAAGGCAGGGAGGAGGGGCGAGAGGAUAGGAAAGUGGAGGGGCAAGGGGAGGCAGGAGGGGAGGCGGCUGUGCAAGGGUCGGUGCGUGCAGGUGAGGGAGCACCAGCGAGUGUGGGUCCGGGCGAGGGCGAGGGGGAGGGGGAGGGGGAGGGGGAGGGGGAUGUGGCAGCUGUGGCACACCAUCAGGCGGCCACGGGCGGAGGGGAAUCGCGGGGUGGGAAAGGGGGGAUGGGCGCAGGUGGUGUCGGUGGCGGUGGCGACAGUGGGAUGGGGGAGCAGGCGGAGGGUUCUUUUGUGGCGGCGGGGAAGGGGGAGAGGCGGGCGGAGAGGGAGGCAUUGGAGGAGGGGCUGGAGGGUGGGGGCGCAGGGGAUGCCAAGAGGCACCGCAUGGAGGGAGGCGGUGCGGGAGAGGCGGAGGGCAAGGUGCAGGCGGAGGGAAGGGCGGGAGCGGAGGGAGAUGCAGCAGCGGAAGCAGUGGCAGCUGGGGAAGUGGGGGCAGGGGCGAAAGCAGGGGCGGAAGCAGGAGCAGGGGCGGAGGGAGGGGCAGGGGAGAUGGAGAUGGAGGUAGAGGAGCAGGAGAAGCGGGUGGUGGUGGUGGGAGGAGUGGUGGAGCAGAGUGCAGCAGCAGGUGCAGGGGCAGCAGCAGCAGGAGGGGGUACACCUGGCAAUGCGGCCAACGGAGCACCCUCCUUCCCACCCGCCCUCCCCCCAGAGGAUCAUCUCUUCUCCCCCGAUCCCCUCCCCAACUCCCUCUCUCUCGCCGCCUCCCUCCCUGUCCCCGACCCCCUCGCCCUCACUCCCCACCGCCGCUCCUCUUUCGACGCCUCCUCCCCCCCGCCCCCCCUCCACGACCCCUUCCUUUCAAGAGACCCCUUCUCCUCCCGCCCCUCACUCUCCCGCCCGCCCCCUAACAUGUCCCCUCUCCUCUCCUCCUCCUCCUCCGCCGCCCACCCCUCCCCCUCCGUGCGCCAGUACAGCACACUGGCGCAUCUCCCCAAGUUCUCCGACCUGCCCCCCCAGCAGCAGCACUCGCUGCUCACCGCACCCCCCUUCCUCCCCUCGCUCUCCUCCCUCUCCGCCUCUCCCGCCCCCGGCGCCCCUCACAGGGACGUGGAGGGGCCUAGCCGCUCCACCCCCAACCUGAACGAGCGUUUGGACCAGUUAGCACAGAGCUAUGCGAGCUUCGCUCCUCCAGACGCCAUGCGCGGCACCAACCCCCUCUCCCACGCGCACGCCCACGCCCAUGAUCAUCCCCACAGCCACCCCCAGGGCCACCCGCAGGGCCACCCGCAGGGCCACCCGCUGGGCCACCCCCACGCCCCCAUGCACCAGCUGGUGGGGGCCUCCCCCUCCGCUCCCCCCGGCUUCCCCUUCCCCCGCCACCCCUCCCCCCCUGCGCCUGCAGGGGCGCCGUGGGGGGGAGGGGCUGUGGGGGCGGGGAGAGGAGAAGGGGGAUGGAUGGGCGACAGCAGCAGUGGCAGCAGUGCGUUUGGAGGGGCUGGUGGUAACCACAUGGAGUGGCAGCAGCAGCAGCAGCAGCAACAGCAGCAGCAUGGGCAGGGGCAGGGGCAGGGGCAGGGGCAGGGGCAGGGGCAGGGCGCGCAUGGCAUGGUUGCAGUGAAGCCCAUCGGCCCUCCCUCCCGGCGCCAGCAGCAGGAACAGGACGACCAGCAGAGCAGCAGCAGCACCAGCAGCAGCAGCACCAGCAGCAGCAGCGCUCACUCGUCCCUGUGGGCCAGCAACCCGCGCGACAUGCUCUUUGGCACGCACUCCGGGCCCCUCUCCUCCUCCCUCUCCUCCUCCCCCGCCUCCUCCUCCCCUUCCUCCUCCACCCCUCUCGCCGCCCCUCCCUCCACCGCACUCAACCACUCUCCACCCAACCCAUCCCGCUCACCACCCCCGGCAAAACCCCACGUGCAAACGGACGAAGAGCGCCGAAUGGACCGGCUGAGAGUGUGCCUGCACCGCUUGCUACGGCUAGACGGCAGUGACUGGCUGUUCCGGUACGACACGGGCAGUGAUGAAGAUCUGGUGGCGGCUGUGGCCUACCGAGAGAAGAAGCUUGCAGGGGACGCUGCUGCUGCUGUCGCUGUGGGGCUGGGCGGAGGGGGCGGUGGGGGCGGAGGGAGCGGGAAGUGGGGGGGAUUUUGGAGGGGCAGGCGCAGGGGGGGCAGGGAGGAGGGGGGAAGGAGGGGGAGAUGGAGCUGCCGCCGUCGAUAUGGGGGUGUGGAGGGCAGUCUGGAGAGCCGCCCAGAGCUGUGGGGCAAAUACACCUAUGUGCUCAACCGGCUGCAGGGCAUAUUAGACCCGGCAUUCUUCCGCCCGCGCACCACACCGCGCCUCUGCCAGUGCUACGGCGACCGAGCCUCUCUCCCAGCCCUCUCUGCCCAACCUGUCUUCCACGGCGCGCUGCUCUCCGCCAUGCUGGGCUCGCAGCUGCCCCUCGCCAACCCCUCCUGGCCCCUCGGCGCACCCCCGGGCCAGCCCAAGCCGGCGACCCCGGCUCUGUUCCUGGAGCGGAUCAGAGAGGUGGAGGUGGCGGUGGGGGCCAGGAAGGGGCGCACCGGCACGGCUGCGGGGGACGUGGCGUUUCCCAAGGGCAAGGAGAACCUGGCUUCCGUGCUCAAGCGCUCCUCGCGCCACCUGUGGCAGCGCGUGGUGGAGCGACAAGUGGCGCUUGCCGAUAGGGCACGUGCUGGGGCAGAUAUCGCCACGGAGGGAGCUGAAGGGGGGAACGCGGGGCGCGGAAAUGCGGAAGAAAGUGGCGGAGGCGCGGGUAACGGGGGGAAUAGGUCGGGCGGAGGCGAAAAGAAGGGAUCAGCGGGGAGGGGAGCAGAGGAGAGGGGCGGGAAGGCGGAGAGUGCGGGCGGGGCAAGGGUGCCGGGAAGAGGGGAGGAGGGCGCGGAGGGGGGAAGUGGAGGAGAGGAGGUGGAGGGGAUGGGGAGUGAGGGCGUGCGCGCGGCCGUGGCGAUGGCGGUGGGCGCGGAGCAGAGGAGGCGCUACGGGCGCGGGGAAGUGAGGGUGUGUGUGAUGCGCGGCCACACAAGAGGCAGGGUGGGCAGUGUGGCAAUGCGGCAUGGCGUCGUGGCCACUGGCGGCUCAGACGAUUGUGUGCGACUGUGGCAGUUUCCUGCACUCCCCGCUCUCCCAGCCGCGCAUUUUUCUGCCUCCUCCUCGCCCUCCUCCCCGCCUGCCUGUCGUCAGACAGCUUGCUUCCCCUCUCCAGCCUCUCAGCCCGUCACAGCCGUUGAUCUGACAGACAUAAUGGUGCUGGCAGCAUCGGGCACGCAGGUAUUUGCGUGGAACAAGGAGACCAGGAAGCUGCUCAGAAGCUUUGGUGGCCACCACCAGCGCGUUCGCACAAUUAGUUAUGAUGACACGGACCUGCUAGCAGCAUGCAGCGACGGCACUGUUCAUGUGUACGACAUAUACAGCGGCACGACCACCCACAUCCUCCGCCCACACGCUCGGGCGCGUGGCGGGGCGGCAGCCAUGAGCUACAGUGCCACCAUGGGGCUGCUGCUGUCAGGCGGCACGGACGGCACGGUUCGUCUUACUGACUGCCGCUCAUCGCUGCAACUGCACACCCUGCUCUUUACCGACCCCUCCCCAGUGACCUCCGUGCUUCUCUCCGCGCCGAGAAACCGAGUGAUGGCGGCUUCGGCAUCGGGCCACCUGCGAGUGUGGGACCUCUGGUCCCCGUCUCGCGUACUCAUGGAUACUGCCAUCUCUCCCCCCACCCACACCACACUCGCCCUCCCCUCCUUCCCACUCGCACUCCCGCCUGUCCUGCUGACAGCUGGCGCCACGGGAUUGGUCCAAAUCCUGGAUGCCACCUCCCUCACUCCCCUUCGCCGCCUGCGCCGCCCGCCACUCGCUGAGCUGGCGCUGGGCAGCGGGGCAGGGGUUGCAGUUGAGGUGGAUGGGUAUGGUGGGGCAGGAGAGGGAGAAGGAUUAAUGAGGUCAGGGUCGGGGCAGGACAUGAGAGAAGGGGGAGAAGAGAAAGAGCAGAGCCUGGGUGGGCUGAGGCAGGUGGGUAGGGGCAGCAGGGGGGUGCAUGAUUCAAUAGGGGAAAAUGGGGCAGCUGCUGGUGUGAGUGGUAGAGGGGUGUCAGGAAGAGCAGCAGCUGGGGUGUCUGGCAUCGUUGCAAGAACAUCCACCUUUGUCACAUCGCAUGUUGACGGAACUGCCACCUUAUGGUUUGCUGGUUUAUAG